CACACAUUUGAAAGGAAGGACAUCACGUGUGUUUGGAUGCGGGUAGACUUCUAGCUACUGUAUAUUGAAAUCACCACUAAAUAAAUAUUUACUUGUGUUAUACCUCGAAAUCCAUUCGUAAAAGAUGGCUGAUCAAGGUUUAUCUUUAAUUCUCUGCUGCAAAUGUGGCGUUCAAAUUUAUUCUAAUACUGCAAACAUGUGCUUCACAUGCCUAUCCAGUGAAGCAGACAUUGCUGAACAUAUCGACCGUCAGAAUACUGUGACUUUUUGUCCGAAGUGUGAACGUUAUUUAAAUCCACCAUCUAAUUGGGUUUCUGCCGAACCAGAGUCACCAGAAUUGCUUUCAUUAUGCAUCAAGAAGAUCCGUGGACUGAAGAAAGGUUUGGAAGUUCGGAAUGCUAGGUUUAUCUGGACGGAGCCUCAUAGUAGAAGAAUAUCUAUAGAGAUAACCGUGCAGGGAACAUUACAAACAGGUGAUCGUGUUGAACAGCAAAUUCCAAUCAAUUUCACAGUUCACACUCAACAAUGUACCUCAUGUACUCGUAACGCUGCCAAAGAUUUUUGGAAUGCCUGCGUCCAAGUUCGUCAAAAAGUCGAUCAUAAAAAAACACUAUUGCAUUUAGAACAAGUCAUUCUUCGGUCUGGUGCACAUAAAACUUGUUCAAAUAUCAAGCAAGUUUCAGGAGGUAUUGACUUCUUUUUCAGCACUCGUUCACAAGCAGUCACGUUUGUGAAUUUUCUCUCCAAACGUUCUCCUUGCCGCUAUCAAACUGCACAACAUUUAAAGUCGCAUGAUGUAAACAAUAAUACUUAUAAUUACAAAUACACAUUUUCUGUGGAAAUUGCACCAGUUUGUAAAAAUGACAUAGUUUGCUUAUCUCGAGCUCAGUCACAAAAGUUGGGUGGUAUCAGUCAGUUGUGUGUUGUCAGCAAAGUUACCGAUGCCAUUCACUUGAUUGAUCCUUUAACUUGUCAAGUUUGUUAUGUAGACAGUAAGGCUUAUUUCUCAUCUCCAUUCAUGUCAAUUACAACACAAAAACACUUCUCACCAUUUGUCGUACUUGAAAUUGAAGAACAAAGAGAUGAUUCUAGCCAAAUGAAUUCUUCCAAAAAGUCAUACACUACAUCAAGUACUUCAUACCCCGUCGGUGCAAAGUUGUCUCAAAAACACUCACCAGUUUCUGUAUGGGUAAUGAAAGAUCCAUCUAACGAGACAGGUUUAGUCCAGCUCGAUAAUGAAUCGGAUUGUGGUAUAAUUCAUACUAGAUCACAUCUUGGCCGUAUUUUACAUCCUGGAGAUAAAGUACUUGGGUUAGAUUUGCGGAAUUGCAAUAUAAACAAUACAGAAUUUGAAAAACUUCCAGAAGAUAAAAUUCCUGACAUCAUACUAGUUUUACGUCCCAGCCAGUCAAAGAAUACAGCUGGGGAUAAAAAUAAUGGACCAAGUAAACGUAAACGCAUUCGAAAACAUUCAUUAAAUGUAGCAGAUUCUGAAUGUGAUACUUCUACCCAGGCAGUAAAUACAAACUUCUCAUCAUCAGAGGAUGAGUAUGUGUCAUUCGGUGAGGAGGACGAGGAUGAAACACUUGAAUUUUUCAAUAUGGACACUAGUUUUGAUGAACCCAAUGAAGGAACAUCAUUAAAUUAGCCAUAGUUUCAUGAAACUUAACACAAUAAUGAAACUCUCAGAGGUGUAUUUAUAAUUCACUGUUGUAUUUAUUUUGCUUUUUAUUGAUAUUAUUUUCGGAUGAUUUCUCAUAAAUAAAUACUGAUUUCAACAACAAUUUUGUUUAUAUCAAUCAUAUCAUUAUGUUAAAGUGAUGAAGUGAUUCAUCUCUUUUCUUGUCUGAAUAAAGUUAUGUUGUAGUUUGUUUUUAUUCAACGUUUGUUGGA